UCUCUCUCUCUCUCUCUCUCUCUCUCUCUCUCUCUCUGCAGAGAGAACACAGAGAACACACACUGUGAAACCCGUAUGUAUAUACAACAAACUGUGCGUGCGUACGGCGUAGUCUGAAAGGUUGAUGAAAAGAUGUCUCUACACUCAGCGAGCCACGUGGUGCAGUCUGUGAAGCUGUUCGCCGGGAACCCGAUUAACGAUAGUUGUAAGAAGGACUUGGUUUUCGUCGAUUUCGUUGGGCUCUGCGCCGGUAAGAAAUCCAAGAAGAGCAGCGGCGGCGGCCGCCGGAGGGUUGGGAGUGUAAAUAGUAGGAGGAAUCAUUUUCUUGGUUUGGCGGCUUCGAACAAGAACUGGGCUUCCUCCAUUCAGUCUGUUCUUGAUCUUGAACGUGUUACCAAUGCCUCAACCAAACAGUCUUCUGAUCUCAAACCAAAGGCUGCAAACUUGGCGGAUAUACUAGCGGAAAAAGGCGAAUGCGGGGUUGGGUUCAUAGCUAAUUUGGACAACAAAGCAUCCUAUGGAAUCGUUAAGGAUGCCCUUAAAGCACUCGGCUGCAUGGAACACCGUGGAGGUUGUGGAGCAGAUAACGAUUCGGGAGAUGGUUCCGGAAUAAUGACUUCGAUCCCGUGGGAUCUUUUCAACAAGUGGGCCCACGAACAGGGCAUGAGCUCCUUCGACCAGUUGCACACUGGAGUUGGAAUGGUCUUUCUUCCGAAAGACGACGACUUGAUGAAACAAGCCAAACAAGCUAUUUUGGAUAUAUUUAAACAAGAGGGUCUCGAAGUACUCGGCUGGAGACCGGUGCCAGUAGACGCAUCCGUGGUUGGUUUCUACGCAAAGGAAACAAUGCCGAAUAUACAACAGGUCUUUGUCCAAAUAUCCAAAGAAGAAAACAUAGACGACAUUGAAAGAGAACUGUACAUCUGUCGAAAGCUGAUCGAAAGAGCUGCCACCUCAGCGGCAUGGGGAAACGAUGUCUACUUUUGUUCGUUAUCGAACCAAACUAUUGUUUACAAGGGAAUGCUUCGGUCGGAGAUUCUUGGUCGGUUUUAUUUCGAUCUGCAAAACGAUGUUUACAAAACCCCGUUUGCUAUAUAUCAUCGUAGAUACAGUACGAACACUAGUCCUAGGUGGCCUCUUGCUCAACCAAUGAGGUUCCUCGGUCACAAUGGAGAGAUUAAUACCAUACAGGGGAAUUUGAACUGGAUGCAAUCGAGAGAGACUUCAUUGAAGUCCCCUGUUUGGCGUGGCCGUGAAAAUGAAAUUCGGCCUUUUGGAAACUCGAAAGCUUCCGAUUCUGCAAAUCUUGAUAGUGCUGCAGAAUUGUUAAUUAGAAGUGGUCGAAAUCCCGAGGAAGCCCUCAUGCUUCUUGUUCCAGAGGCAUACAAGAAUCACCCAACACUAAUGAUCAAAUAUCCCGAGGUUGUUGAUUUUUACGAUUACUACAAGGGUCAAAUGGAGCCAUGGGAUGGACCUGCUUUACUCUUAUUCAGUGAUGGGAAAACAGUUGGAGCUUGUCUUGACCGUAAUGGACUUCGUCCAGCUAGAUAUUGGCGUACAGUAGACAAUGUUGUCUAUGUUGCAUCUGAGGUGGGGGUUCUACCAAUCGAAGACUCGAAAGUUGUAAUGAAAGGGCGUUUAGGUCCAGGAAUGAUGAUAACAGUCGACCUAUCUAGUGGCCAGGUUUUUGAAAAUACGGAGGUUAAAAAGCGAGUUGCACAGUUGAAUCCAUACGGAAAAUGGGUGAGCGAAAAUCUCCGCUCGUUAAAAGCUGUCAACUUUCUGUCAUCAACCGUCAUGGACAACGAAACAAUAUUAAAGCGUCAACAGGCAUACGGGUAUUCUAGUGAAGACGUUCAAAUGGUAAUCGAAUCAAUGGCUUCUCAAGGAAAGGAGCCUACUUUUUGCAUGGGGGAUGAUAUUCCAUUGGCAGUAUUAUCGAGAAGGCCGCAUAUGCUGUACGAUUAUUUCAAGCAACGAUUCGCUCAGGUUACAAAUCCUGCUAUCGACCCUCUUAGAGAAGGAUUAGUCAUGUCUCUUGAAGUCAACCUCGGGAAGCGAGGGAACAUUCUAGAAGUUGGUCCUGAAAACGUCUCGCAGGUGAUUUUGUCGAACCCUGUUCUGAAUGAAGGGGAGCUCGAGUCGUUACUGAAAGAUCCGUUCUUGAAAGCCCAAAUUUUACCUACUUUCUUUAGCAUAAGGAAAGGAAUCGAAGGCUCACUUGAGAAAAGGCUUUACAAGCUUUGUGAAGCUGCUGAUGAAGCUGUUAGAAAUGGCGCCCAGCUUCUUGUUCUCUCUGAUAGGUCCGACGAGCUGGAUGCGACCAAGCCGGCAAUUCCGAUACUUCUAGCUGUGGGUGCUGUUCAUCAGCAUCUAAUUCAGAAUGGACUGAGAAUGCAAACUUCCAUUGUUGCUGAUACAGCACAGUGCUUCAGUACUCAUCAAUUUGCUUGUUUGAUUGGAUAUGGUGCAAGCGCUAUAUGUCCAUACUUGGCAUUGGAAACGUGUCGUCAAUGGCGGUUGAGCACUAAAACCGUGAACUUGAUGAGAAACGGAAAAAUGCCCACUGUUACUAUUGAACAAGCUCAGAAGAAUUUCUGCAAGUCAGUUAGAUCCGGCCUUAUGAAAAUUCUUUCGAAGAUGGGAAUCUCGUUGCUAUCCAGUUAUUGCGGAGCACAGAUAUUCGAAAUUUAUGGACUGGGGAAAGAUAUAGUUGACCUUGCUUUUUGUGGGAGUGUGUCGAGCAUUGGUGGAUUAACCUUGGACGAGUUGGCAAGGGAGACUUUAUCGUUUUGGGUUAAGGCAUUCUCCGAAGACACUGCUAAAAGACUCGAGAAUUUCGGGUUCAUACAAUUUAGGCCUGGAGGUGAGUACCAUGGAAACAAUCCCGAGAUGUCUAAAUUGCUCCACAAAGCCGUUCGACAAAAGAGCGAAACCGCAUAUUUGGUUUACCAGCAGCAUUUGGCUAAUCGACCCGUAAAUGUUCUGAGGGAUCUUAUCGAGUUCACGAGUGAUCGUGCUCCAAUCCCAGUUGGAAGAGUGGAGCCCGCUUUGUCUAUCGUUAAGCGAUUCUGUACAGGUGGCAUGUCGCUCGGUGCUAUUUCGAGAGAAACCCACGAAGCAAUUGCCAUAGCUAUGAAUCGAUUAGGCGGUAAAUCCAAUUCAGGCGAAGGUGGUGAGGAUCCAAUUCGAUGGAGCCCACUUACAGAUGUCGUUGAUGGUUACUCUCCGACACUGCCACAUCUCAAAGGUCUUCAAAACGGCGAUACCGCUACAAGUGCCAUAAAGCAGGUAGCUUCGGGGAGAUUUGGUGUCACGCCGACAUUUUUGGCUAAUGCCGACCAAUUAGAAAUCAAGAUUGCUCAAGGUGCUAAACCAGGGGAAGGCGGCCAAUUACCAGGGAAGAAAGUUAGUGCUUAUAUUGCGAGAUUGAGGAAUUCGAAGCCUGGCGUACCGCUUAUUUCUCCGCCGCCACAUCAUGAUAUUUAUUCGAUUGAGGAUCUUGCUCAGUUGAUUUACGACCUUCAUCAGGUGAAUCCGAGGGCUAAAGUAUCGGUGAAGUUAGUUGCGGAAGCUGGCAUUGGUACAGUGGCUUCUGGAGUUGCUAAGGGUAAUGCUGAUAUUAUACAGAUAUCGGGCCAUGAUGGUGGAACCGGAGCUAGCCCCGUAAGUUCUAUCAAGCAUGCUGGUGGUCCAUGGGAACUCGGCCUUACAGAAUCACAUCAGACACUCAUUUCGAACGGGCUUAGAGAAAGGGUCAUUCUCAGAGUGGACGGAGGAUUCAAAAGUGGAUUCGAUGUUCUAAUGGCUGCGGCUAUGGGUGCCGACGAAUACGGAUUCGGCUCAGUUGCAAUGAUUGCCACUGGCUGUGUCAUGGCUCGUAUUUGCCACACUAAUAAUUGCCCUGUUGGUGUUGCUAGUCAGAGAGAAGAGCUGAGAGCUCGUUUUCCUGGUGUACCCGGUGACCUUGUGAACUACUUUUUAUAUGUUGCUGAAGAGGUAAGAGGAAUGCUGGCUCAAUUGGGAUACGAGAAACUCGACGAUGUGAUUGGCCACACCGAAUUAUUGAAGCCAAGAGAUGUUUCUUUGAUGAAGACUCAGCAUCUUGAUCUUAGUUACAUUCUUUCUAAUGUUGGAUUACCAAAAUGGAGCAGUACUGUGAUAAGAAAUCAAGAAGUUCACAGUAACGGUCCGGUUUUGGACGAUACAUUGCUUUCGGACCCAGAGGUGGCGAAUGCUAUUGACAACGAGACGGUUGUGAAUAAAUCGGUGAAAAUAUAUAACGUGGACAGGGCAGUUUGCGGGCGUAUUGCUGGCACAAUUGCAAAGAAAUACGGAGACACUGGAUUUGCUGGACAAGUGAACCUAACAUUCACGGGAAGCGCUGGCCAAUCGUUUGCUUGUUUCUUGACACCUGGCAUGAACAUUCGGUUAGUAGGAGAAGCCAAUGACUAUGUUGGGAAGGGUAUGGCGGGAGGAGAAGUGGUGGUGACUCCGGAGGAAAAUCCCGGAUUUGCCCCCGAGGACGCCACAAUAGUGGGAAACACGUGCUUGUACGGAGCAACUGGCGGUCAACUCUUCGUCAGGGGGAAAGCCGGCGAGCGUUUUGCCGUCAGAAACUCACUAGCGGAAGCGGUGGUGGAAGGCGCCGGAGAUCACUCGUGCGAGUACAUGACCGGUGGUUGCGUUGUAGUCCUCGGGAAGGUGGGCCGAAAUGUGGCAGCUGGUAUGACCGGAGGCUUGGCUUAUAUUCUCGACGAGGAUAAUACGCUUAUCCCUAAGGUGAACAAGGAAAUUGUCAAGAUCCAGAGAGUCGUUGCUCCAGUCGGACAAAUGCAGCUCAAAAACCUAAUCGAAGCCCACGUUGAAAAAACCGGUAGCUCCAAAGGAGCAGAAAUUCUGAAAGAGUGGGACACAUAUUUGCCGCUCUUUUGGCAACUCGUACCGCCGAGCGAAGAAGACACGCCGGAGGCUUGUGCCGAUUACGAGGAGACGACUUCUGGACAGGUCACUCUGCAGUCUGCAUAGAAAAAAAAAAAUAAUCCGGUAUACGAAGACGGAAAAAGAAGACGGACGAAAUUGUUUCCGAGAGACGAGACGAAUUUCAUCCUCGGCGUUGGAUUAAAAAAGUCCGAGGUUGUCUCGAAAGUUGUAUAUUGUGUUUGCAAGAAUUCUGUUAGAUGCUGUGAUAGGGUUUCUCAGAAUGAGAGUGGUGUAUUUUAUUUUUUUUCAGGAUUUUCAUUUUUAAGUGCAAGAAUUGAUGGAGAUGUGAAAUAUCAAGAAUUUCAAAUUGACCCCCAAGAAAAAUAAAGGGGGUUCUCCAAUUUAUGUUGGGGGGCUUGUUGCUAUAAAUUUAUAUUUUUAUAUAUUCAUUAAUAUAUAAUUGUAUAUGCAGUUAAACGG